AUCUAAUCGGACCCAAAUACGAAACCCGAAUUAUAGACCUAUAAUACCCUUUAAAUUCACUACUUUAAUUUCAAUACUCUAAAGCGUCAAAGUGACGAUUCUCUCUUUCAAUCUUCGUUUUCGAUCUUUUCACUGCUCUCUAAUCAACCAUGGGCUCUGAUGCAGAUAUGGAAGACUAUGGAUUCGAGUAUUCGGACGAGGAACCUGAAGAACAAGAUGUUGAUAUUGAAAAUCAAUACUACAACUCUAAAGGCUUGGUUGAAACAGAACCAGAGGCAGCACUUGAGGGUUUUGCUGAAGUAGUUCGUAUGGAACCUGAGAAGGCUGAGUGGGGAUUUAAAGCUUUAAAGCAAACUGUUAAGCUUUACUAUAAGUUAGGGAAGUACAAGGAAAUGAUGGAUGCUUACAGAGAAAUGCUAACCUACAUCAAGUCAGCAGUGACAAGAAAUUAUAGUGAAAAGUGUAUUAACAAUAUCAUGGAUUUCGUCUCAGGAUCAGCUAGUCAGAACUUCAGUCUCCUACAAGAGUUCUACCAGACAACGUUGAAAGCCCUUGAAGAGGCAAAGAAUGAGAGAUUGUGGUUCAAGACAAAUCUAAAACUUUGCAAAAUUUGGUUUGACAUUGGGGAGUACGGACGAAUGAGUAAGAUUUUGAAAGAACUCCACAAAUCUUGUCAAAAAGAAGAUGGCACUGAUGACCAGAAGAAAGGCACACAAUUGUUGGAGGUAUAUGCAAUAGAGAUCCAAAUGUACACGGAGACGAAAAAUAACAAAAAACUGAAGGAGCUAUACAAUAAAGCACUUUCAGUCAAGUCAGCAAUCCCUCACCCAAGAAUAAUGGGAAUAAUUCGUGAAUGUGGAGGAAAAAUGCAUAUGGCAGAGCGGCAAUGGGCAGAAGCAGCUACAGACUUCUUUGAAGCUUUCAAGAACUAUGAUGAAGCUGGGAAUCAGAGGCGCAUCCAGUGUCUAAAGUACUUGGUUCUGGCAAAUAUGCUGAUGGAGUCCGAGGUUAACCCUUUUGAUGGCCAAGAAGCAAAACCGUACAAAAAUGACCCUGAGAUACUGGCAAUGACUAACCUUAUAGCAGCAUAUCAACGAAAUGAGAUCUUGGAGUUUGAGAAAAUUCUUAAGAGUAAUAGAAGAACAAUAAUGGAUGAUCCCUUCAUUAGAAAUUACAUCGAAGAUCUUUUAAGAAAUGUCAGAACCCAAGUGCUGCUGAAGAUCAUUAAGCCUUACACAAGAAUCCGGAUUCCCUUCAUUUCCAAGGAGCUCAAUGUGCCAGAAAAAGACGUCGAGGAGUUGUUGGUCUCACUCAUCUUGGACAACCGUAUCCAUGGGCACAUUGAUCAAGUGAACCGGUUGCUAGAGUGUGGAGAUAGAUCGAAAGGAAUGAAAAAAUACGCUGCCAUUGACAAAUGGAACACACAACUUAAGUCUCUGUACCAAACUGUUGGCAACAGAGUAUGUUGAGAUUACCACGACAUGAAAAGAGGGGCGUGAUUAUAUUAUGGAUUCAUAAUUGUUUUGAGGGGUUGUUUUGUGGGUGAGGAGGGGAAGAUUUCUGUACUGAUGGGUGUUCAUGCUCUGGAAUAUUAGAAAAUUUAGCUGCUCUUUCAGACAUGUAGGUAUUUUGUACAAAAUUCGAUAUUUCUCCCCGUUUAAGUAGCUAGAGCUUGUCUGAUUUAUGUGUUAACUCUUCCUUUCUAUACUGACAGGAGCAGCGCAUAUUGCCAUUAUAUAGGUGAAAUCAGGCGUUUCUGUGUUUGUUUUUAAUUAAAAAAAUCUUGUACCAGUAUAAACUGGAUUGAUUAAAGUUGUUGCUAUCGGGGUUCACAUGUUCAACUCUGGCAAUCCUUUUUCCUAUAUUAGUGGGGUUAUUGUUAUUAGUGAA